AUGGGGACAAAGUCAAAGAAGAAGGCAAAGACGCGUCUUGAUGCGUACUACCGACUUGCAAAGGAUCAAGGGUUUCGUGCCCGCUCUGCGUUUAAACUUAUUCAACUAAACCGCAAGUACGACUUCCUUGCGAAGAGUCGUGUGCUUGUCGACCUCUGUGCUGCGCCAGGCGGUUGGUGCCAAGUCGCUGCGAAGCAUAUGCCAGUGGGUUCUAAGAUUGUUGGGGUGGAUUUGGUGCCGAUUGCCCCAAUUCGCGGUGUGAAAACGUUUGUCGGUGACAUCACAGAUGACAAGACACGGAAGAUGAUCGUGACUUACUUCAAGAAGGAACCCGUGGACUGCGUCAUUCAUGAUGGCGCCCCUAACGUGGGUGGUGUGUGGUCACGUGAUCUUUUUGAGCAAAAUGCCUUGGUUCUUCACGCUGCAAAAAUGGCAGCUUCCAUGCUAAAGCCAUCGGGGUGGUUUGUCACGAAGGUCUUUCGCUCUCAGGACUUCCACAAACUCAUGUGGGUCUUGAAGCAGCUUUUUGAUAAGGUGGAGGCGACAAAGCCACUUGCGUCUCGUAUGGAGUCGGCUGAGAUUUUUGUUGUCUGUGCCGGUUUUAAGGCACCAAAACAACUGGACCCUUCCAUGUUCAAUGCACAGAAGGUGUUCUCCGAUGUGGGCGAGGAGAAAAUCCUGACGCCCUCUGGGGCGUUGGUCGUGCCCAAGUCGAACGUGCCGACGGGAUACAGCGAGUUCGCCACGGUGUCACACCAUGUUGCCUCCUUUUCCGAAUUUCUCCACUGCAGUGAUCCAAAGGGUUUUCUUCGCUCUCAUCACGAGCUGCGCUUUUCCGCUGCGGAGGACAAAGUCUACCUUAAAUCCAAGCACUCCAAGAAGGAGCUUGUUUAUUUGUGCGGGGAUCUCCAGCAGGUGGGUGACGCGGAUCUACGGCGGAUGCUGCGCUGGCGGGAACAAUUGUUGCGGGAGCAGGCAGCGAUGGCUAAAGAAGAGGAUGGGGAGGAGGAUGCGGACGACGAAGAGAUGGGCGAAUACGAGGGGACGGGUGAUGAUGACGAUGGCGGUAGCGUAGGGAAAGGCAGCGACGACGAGGGGAUUGACCUUGACAGUGCGGAGGGAGUCGCGAAGAUUGCCCGGGAGCUGCUGGAGCUGCGUAAAAGGCAAUCCAAGCUGCUGAAAAAGAAGCAGAGGAAGAUUGUUGACCGCAAGCUAAAGCAGAUCAAGGGAUUAAUCAACUUUGAUCCCAAUACAAGCGCGGAGGAUAUGACAGAGACGGAUGGGUUGAUGGGGGACACGGAAGGAAACAUGCAGGGCGAAGGCGACAACGACGAUGACGAUCCGGAUGGAAAUGACGACGAGGGGUUCACUGUGGAGAAGCUGGCGGCGGUUGACGAGGCGCGUCUGGCAAAGAUGUUUGACAAACACGGGGAGGAGCUGGACGAGCGCCCCAACGACCCUUUGAAUCCUGUCAUGAACGCUAACCUCAACGCGGAACAGGACUGGGACUUGGGCCAGGAGUCAGAUGGCAACAGCGAUGCCAGUGAGGGCGGAAACGGACCGCUGCAGCUCGUGGAGGGUGAAGAGGAUGGUGUGGAUGUAGAUAAUUACGGUAACUACAUCCCUGCGAAACGCUCCGCUCGCGUUGCAUUGUACGAUGCGGGACUCGGAGAAGAGGAGGACGACGAGGAUACACACAACGAGGAAGAUGUUGCGCUGCAGAAGAGGAAAGCGAGGGAUCAACAAGACCUUGAGGACGCCGGCAAGCAGAGCAAGUGGCUUAGGCAUCAUGUAAACAUUGAAAAGGUUCUGAAUCAAACCUUCCCAAAGCCGCAUGAUAACAACAGGAGGAAAAAGCGGCUGCUUGAGGAGGAUCGUGUGGAGCUGACGGCGUCCUCUCCACUUCACGAUGGCGACCUCAACGGCAGGGUUGACGCCACACGCAAGAGGAUG